GGGCCAUUGUCAAAGGCUCGCGGCGACACACACCACCCGGGUGACGCAUAUAUACCCAGCGCUUCUUGGCUCUCUUCUUGCAUCUUGACAAGCUGCCCCACACGACGCGACGCCACUCGACGCGACGCCCGAUGACAGCAACGACAACGGGCGAGGCGCCCUGUCUGCCCUCCGAUCCUCCAGCGCCCUUCACAACGAACACAACCACGACGGCCGAAGCGACUGCUCCAGAUCCACCGCCCAGCACAGCCGACAGCACCUCUCAGUCUUCUUCGCCUCCUCCCAUUGAGCGUCCGCGCAAGAAGGCCACCGCGUCCGAGAUGCGCGCCAGUCUCGAGCAGCUGGGGCUCGACACGCGCGGCAAGCGCGAGACGCUGUGGAAGCGCCUGUUCACGGCGUUCAGCCGCGCAAAGGAGGACUCUGAGGCCGCCGAGGCCGAGGCGGCCGCAGCGAGCCGCAAGACCCCGCCGCCAAAGCAGCCGUGGGGCUCGUUCCUGUGCUUCGACGUCGAGGCGACCUGCGAGCAGGGCAAGAACUUUGACUACCCGAACGAGAUCAUCGAGUUUCCCGUCGUGCUCCUCCGGUGGGAGGAGGACGCGGACGGCGGGCGCGCCCGCCUCGUGACGGUCGACACGUUCCACACGUACGUCCGCCCCACCUGGCGCCCGGUGCUCUCCGACUUUUGCUCGUCCCUCACCGGCAUUACGCAGGAGGUGAUUGACGCCGCGCCGACGUUCCCAGAGGUGCUGCGCCUGCUCGAGGCGUGGCUUGACAAGUGGGACCUGCGCCUCGGCGACGGCGACGGCGAGGGACACGGGCUCAAGGACGCGCUGUGGGUCACGGACGGGCCGUGGGAUCUGAGAGACUUUAUCCCCAAGCAGCUCCACAUCACCCCGACGACGCCGGCCUACCCAGGCUACCUCCUCGGGCCGUACCUGAACCUCAAGGCGGGCGUGGAGGUGGUGCUGAUGGAAUCUGCGCGCCGCGAGAAGGACACGAGCAGCAGCUCCUCGCCCAAGCGCAGCCUGCCGCGCCUCACGACGGCGAUGCGCCGUCCGCCGACCAACGCGGCCGGGCCAACGUACCACCUCCCGAUCCCGGGCCAGCUGAAGGCGCUCGGGCUCGGCACGUUCAGCGGCAGGCAGCACAGCGGUAUCGACGACGCGACGAAUAUCGCGCGCAUCCUCGCCGAGCUCGCUGCCCGCCACGUCGUGCUCGACGCCAAUGCGCGCCUCCCGCCCGCCAAGGGCUACAGGCGGUGGCCCUGGAUGGGCAAGCCGGGCGAAGUCAUCUGGGACGCGCCCGCCGCGCCCGUCCUCGGCGUCAAGGUCGCGCUCGGCGCGCCGGCCCCUGUCGCAGGGGCAGAUGCUGCGCCCCCGGCUGAGGCGGCCGACCGUACCCCCGACAUCGCGGGCCUGAUGGACCGUCUCGCGCUCGGCGCGGACGACACGCCCUGCGCCGCGCCCACGCCCGACCCCAAGCCCAACCUCUGA